AUGCUCCAACACAGCAGGCCCCAAACUCCAGGCUCCCGCCGACGACGAGCAAGAAGCGCAUGCGCAAACAUUGGCCUGCUUCCGUCGCCGUCACCAUCACCCUCGCCCUCACCAUCAACACCUUCAAACACCUCGUACGGGCCAGACUCCUUCACCAUGGCCACGCAAACAUGCGAAGCCUUGCUAGGCAUAGCCAUCCACGAUUUGUCAUCCACUACCGCCAUUUUCCCGGACUCGACGGGUGCCAUGCAGAUGCAGGCAUCAUCUGCAUGCGCAUCGUCGUCUCAGCCUUUCGAAAUAGGCCUCUCUCUUCGGGGCGUUACUACUCCCUCCUCCACCAAUUCCUCAACCUCAUCCACCUCUCUCGGCCACCACUCCGACGCCGCUGAGGGAUAUAAGUAUGGCAUCCAUGCCCACGUCAACACUAGUGCCGGUUCACACGGACAAUCUUCAGGACCGUUUGUUUGCCAGGUGUCGCCUCCCACGCCCUUGUCAGACUUCAUGCACGAUUCUCAGCCCAUCUCGGUACUAGAUUAUCCCAACAUGUUCGUCCCUGACUACACCAUCGACAGCACUUCUGCUUUCGACUCUCUCCAGUUUACCAACACCGACACCCCCGUCAGUGUUAGCACUGCUUCAUUAUCAAUGUCUCCACCACUUGGCAAUACUCCAGCCCGCCCUUCCAGCGUGCCGGACUCUUUUGCUCUAUACGACCAACCACAGCAGCACCACCAGCAGCAUCCAUCCUCAGCGCUCCAAUUCAGUCGCGAACAGUGGUACAUGGCUCUUCCAAUCCCUCGUUCAUCUGUAUACCAAGACCAGCAAAAAAUGAAUAGGACAGCUGGCGACAACAGACCCAUGUCCUCUGUGCAGGCAUACUCUGACCUCUCAAAACCAAUGGACAUCCACCUCCAGGGCCUGGAUGGCUCGAUACCUACCUCCCAGGGCCAGUAUGGCCUGUCCACACCCUCAUACCCUCAAGCACCAUACUAUACACCUGUCUCUUCAUUACCCACCACUCCCCCAUCAACAUCCUCUCCCACUUUCCCACGCUCCCACGCCAACACUCACACCCACUCACACCAUCGCACGCCCUCAUCCAACUCUCCCUCCCCAACAGCUCUAAGCGAAGCCGACCUCCGCUCUAAACCCCAAUGCUGGGACCAUGGCUGCAACGGGCGCUCGUUCUCGACCUUCAGUAACCUUCUGCGCCAUCAGAGGGAAAAGGCCGGUCUCUCCGUUAAAGCCGAAUGUCCGUACUGUGGGGCCGCUUUUACCAGGUCGACAGCGCGAAACGGCCACUUGGAACGGGGCCGAUGCAAGGCUAUGAGGGAGGAGUGA